UCGCAAUAACGCAGUAAGAGCUAAAAGAUGGAAUAACGGCAUCCCCGGAGUAGCCAGGAAUGACCCUUCUGAGUGGCAGACAUUUUUAUUUCGUCCCGCUUCCCAGUGCGGAGGCCUCGUGGGUGGAUGGGGGAGGUCACGUGACCACUUUCCUUUUUUUCCCCUCCUUCCCACAGAAACACACCCACGUCCUCCAGCAGCCUCUCUCCGCUACACUCGCCUCCUUCUGGAUGCCGUUGCCUGCACAAUGUUUCCACAACGGGGAUAAAUUCACUUGGUUUACUUUUAAACAACCUUCUGCAGCAUAUUUUGGAGGUGGUGGGAAGGAGUUCCACCUUCACGCCGUCUGGACAACUCAUAAGAUUCAAAAGGAAGCAUAGGAGGCGGUGGUUAGAAGAAAAAAAAAAAAGCUGCCGGAUCAUGAGUCUGGUGGAGGUGAGGCAGUUGGCGGGGUCAUUGACCCUGUCCCUAUCCAGCAACGACUCCAAGGAACGCUGCUUUGAGAGCGACCCGGAUAGCCUCCGGAGCCGUACCAUGUCUCCGGACCUGAGGCAGGACUUUAACAUGAUGGAGCAGAAGAAGAGGGUCACUCACAUCCUGCACAGUCCAGUGUUCAAAGACGAACUGGAAGGCCUGAUUCAGGAUCAGCUGACAAAGGGCAACACCCCCACAGGUCUCCUGGCUCUGAGACAAAUAGCCGACCUGGUCAUGGCCAGCACCGUGGGAGGGGCCGGGCCCUUGACGUCACCCAUCAGCUUGGGAAUGGUAUCGCCAAUUAACGACUUGUAUGCCGUGGAGUCGCCAUUCUUUUCCAAAGGAGAGAAGCUGAGCCGCUGCAGGCUAGCCAGCCUCUACAGGCUCGUGGACCUUUUCAGCUGGGCCCGUUUCACAAACUCCUACAUCACCGUGCGUGUCAACAAAGAGCAGGACCAUGUUCUUGUCAGUCCCAGAGGUCUUUCUUUUGCAGAGGUGACUGCAGCAACUUUGGUUAAAGUUAACAUGAUUGGCGAUGUUGUGGACCAAGGCUCUACCGAUCUGGGCAUCGACCGCUUUGGAUUCGCUCCCCACGCCGCCAUCUACGCCAUGCGGCCCGACUUGAGAUGUAUCGUACACGUCCACACGCCCUCUACAGCUGCCGUGUCCUCCAUGAAAUGUGGAAUACUGCCCAUUUCCCAGGAGGCCUUGCUUCUUGGAGACGUGAGCUGCUUGGGUUACCAUGGCAGCCUGGAUGAUAGAGAGGAGAAGGUGGAGUUUCAGAAAGCUCUGGGCCCUACUGCCAAGGUCAUGCUCUUGAGGAACCACGGGCUGCUCGCUCUGGGAGAAACCGUAGAAGAAGCCUUCCACUACAUGUACCACUCCCAGCAAGCGUGCGAAAUCCAGGUGCGGGCGUUGGCGUGCUCAGGUGGCGUGGAGAACCUGGUGCUCCUGGACAGAGAGAAGUUCAAACCGCUGACACAGGGGGUGGCUGCUGCAGGGGUGCUCAUGAGCAACCAACUGAAGUGGAAAGCGGGAGAGGCUGAGUUUGAGUCCCUGAUGAGGAUGCUGGACAACCUAGGCUACAGAACAGGCCACUCUUACAGGAACCCCAUCAUCCGUGAAAAGCCCAGGUCCAAGAACGACGUGGAGAUCCCCGCCACCGUGUCUGCGGUGACGACGGAGGACGGCGAGUCGGGCCUGCGCAGCCCCUUCAGGUUCCUGGUGCAGAAGCACCAGCGGGAGCGCACCAGGUGGCUCAACUCACCCAACAGCUACCUGAGGGUGGACGUGCCGGAACAGUCGCCCAGCGGGGACGUCAGCCCCAGAACCAAAACAAUGUGGAUGAAGUCUUCAGAGCCAGGCAAGAGCGUGGGCACCCCCAUAAAGAUUGAAGACCCCAACCAAUUUGUCCCACUAAAUACUGACCCCACAGAGGUUUUACACAAGAGGAACCGAAUGAAAGAGCAGCACAGAGGAGACCAGAUGACCGCAGGUCCAAAGUCCCAGUUGCUAGCUGGCAUUGUUGUGGACACCAUACCAGGACCAGCUUUCAUCGUUGAGGAUGAGGAGCACACUCGCUCCCUGCCCCCGAAUCCUUUCAACCAUCUGACGGAGGAGGUGCUGGAGGAGUACAAGAACAUGGUGGAACGCAAGCAACAAGGCCAAGACGAAGACGAAGAUGCUACCGAUGCAGACGAGAUGACCACCUUUGAUGGCUCGACCAUCUCCCUUUCUCUUUCUCCCAUCAUGACACCAGCCAAGCAAGACUCCAUACCCAAUGGGAAGGACCACUUGUCCGAUCUGGAAGAGGAUCUGAGCGUGGAGGUUUCCAAGCUCAGCCUGAGCGCUUCGGAGUCGCUGGAAAUCUCCAUCACCGCCAAGGACAAGAAGACGGGGGAGGCACAGACCUCGGAGAGCCAAACCACAAAGAAGAAAAAGAAGAAGUUCCACACGCCUUCCUUCUUGAAGAAGAGCAAGAAGGAGAAGAAACAUUAACGCAAGGGUAACGCCUUCUUAAACGUCUCCUUUGCCACUGGCGAGGCUUGGUGAUGCUAAUGACGGAUGUAAACACGUGAAUGGCAGCUGUGCAACGCGAACGCAGUGAAAGAUAUUAGUGGUUGUGUUUUUAAGGAGCGCUCAAGAGAAUCUUCUGAAGCUCCGUUUUUAACUAUCUAUUCCUUUUUUUGCACAAACUCCUCGUAUGAAUGUAUCCUAAACUAGCACGCCCGUCGUGUAACAGCGGCUACCGAUUAACGAUACUGUCCGAUAAAACAUUCCAGAUGAGGUGACUGUGGUGUGAUAACAUUAAACACGCGUGUGCUCCACUUAACAUGAAACUAACCAUGCUGUGAUUCUACAGUCUUAAUAAGCUGCUGCCAGCUUAGCGACUAACGACCCAUCAUGUGACCUAUAAUGUGAACCCCCCCAAGGGGAUUGACUCGUGUGUAAAUAGUUGGAUGUCAUUUUGCUAUAAUGUGAGCGUACAAUCGUAAUAACUCGUUUUUACCUGUUUGUGUGCUUCUGUUUUUACGUUUAUGCUAAACGUUUAUGCUACUCUUUGGCCACAUAUAUCGGAUGUUUCACCGCCGUGUGCAGCACCUCCACCAUGAAAUAAAGCGUUGUAGAAGUAUUUGCACAUCUUUUUCCCUUCCCUUCCCUUCAGAUAGAUAAUGGCACCAAGAAGGGGCCUCCUUUAGAAACAAUGCGCAGUGCGGAGUGAUAAUUGGCCGUGUGAAGCUGUAUAAUCAGCCUUCAGCCAUGAUAUCAAUGGCUGUUGUCAUGGUAAUCCAGCCGAGAGGGGCUGCAGAGACAAAGAGGGGAUUUGGUGUCUCCAACAGGUGUUCAUGUUGGGUGGGGUGGGGGGGCUGGCUGGGAGUGUCUGUAUACCUUCACCUCCCCCCGUACGCAUAAGAGGACGAGGUUAAGGAUGUUAUUGUCUACUAAAAGAUAACUGUGCCCAAAUAGGAACACGUUUCUCCAUCCACACUUGUCCUGAGCACCUUCUCGUACAAUACAAAACACGUGGAGGACGGUGGACGGUCCCGACGGCACCAUGGAGGCCCCAAAGCAGGUGACACACGUCUGGCCUGUCUGCUGUGACCUGAGGGCAACGUACGCCCAUUGUCUCCUCACAACAACAGCCUGACGUUUCUAAUGACCACACGGAUAGGUUGCACAUGCUGCACAGCCGUGACACCCCUCUGAUGUGUGUUGGGAUAGCAAGAUAAGCUGUUGCCCUCCAAGGUGAUAAGAAAUACGGGAGGAAUGUCAAGGAAAAGUGCACUUUUUGGGGAAUGUUGCCCAUCAUCCAUAAUCCUUAUGUGAGACAUGAACACACUGAAGAACUACCUUACUGGCGUAGUGACACCUCGCCACACCACACCGGCUAGUGACUAGCCAGAUAGCGACUAGCUUCACCACACACUCGCUCGCAACGCUGAUUAAGGCGCGACUUGGACAGGUUUGCACUUGCUGCACGGCUGUAAGACCAUGCUGAUGCAUCUGUCCUGUGUUUGCCAUUGAGCAGGUUAACGAGGCACUUUUAGAAGAUGUACAGUAAGCACUAUGUCGAGUAAGAUAUGAGAUCUCAUUACCAUCUCAUUUUGGGUUUGCACUUGCUGCACGGCUGUGGGAUCAUGCAAAUAUAAACUUCACUAGAUAGAUAGACAACGUCUGUGAGCCCAUACUGUCAUGAGCUUAGUUAGCUUUAGUGUUAAGUUUAGAUGUGAGUUGUACUUGGACGCAGGUUUGCACUUGCUGCAUGGCUGUGAGACAGUGCUGGAGUGUAUUUUGGUUGUUUAUUACAUAGCUAGAUAGGAUUAUAGAGAUAGUCAAGCAUUACGUCGAUCAAGAUGUGAUCUACUGUAAGUUGUACUGGCUGCAUGGCUGUGAGGAUACACAGUAAGCAUUAUGCUGAUGAGGAUGCCAGACUCAAUGAUGUCCAUUUUGGUUUGCACUUGUUGCACGGCUGUGAGACUGUGCUGAAGUGUAUUGUGCUUGUUUGAACUAGUUUGCUAAUUAUCAACAUACUUUCUGAAGAUGUAAUCAUUAUGUUGAUUAGAAUGAGAGCGCUAAUUACUGUGUGUCAUUUUGGGUUUGUGCUCGCUGCACGGCUGUGAGACUGUGCGGUGAUGAGUUGAGCUAGCUAGCCGGAUAGAUGGAUGGUCUUUUGCCUGCAUUUUGACCCCCCUCACGAGUGCACAAAGUCAGGACACACACACUCACACUCGCAUGUGCGUCCUCUGUGACAGCCGAGCCAUGGGUGUAAUCCUCAGGCUUUUCAGAUUACUCCAGUUGGGGUCACAUUCUACAUCGCGCUGCAACGGCUCGGCUUUCCGGCGUGCAGAUUGCAUUUUUUGUGUGUGUGUGUGUGUCCCGCAUGUCCAACAUUGUCAAUUCCAUCCCCCAUUACAUCCACAAAAUGAUUUGUUUUUGCCAUUCUGCUGAAAUAACGCCCCUCCUCCCCCCAGGGAGGGAGGGAAGGGAGGGUGUUACUCUCUCACAGGCGUCCGUUACAGGCCUGGGCCACAUCUGCAGCAGGCCGACCAUCUGCACCUAUUGUCUGGGAGGCACAGCCCAGGCGCGCACGCAUGGCUGGCCUUGUAAAGCGCAGGCCCUUUCCCCUCUGCCCUCCUCCAGCCCUCGCAGGCUGCAGACAAAUGACUUCUUCAUCAGCAGCACACAACACACGUCCACUAGUUAGCGAGGCCCGCAUUCACUCUCAAGGUUAGUUUGUCUCCCAUUAGGCUCCACGCAAAGGUCAGAGUUCACGUCGGGAGAGUAGGACUGCUUUGCUUCACGAUGCGUCUAAGCUGCUUUUAAAGUGCUCCAUAGGGCACAAAUGCCAAGUCAAUAGCGAGGAAUCACCAGGAAGCACGGGAAAGUCAGCAAAUUACGCUUAAUCAUCACAUUUGCAGCGUUUCAUGUCAAAAUGCUUCAGGAACAAGAAGAAGCGGCGCUCGGAGCUGGAAUUGUACAGGGGAUAUCAUUUUGAUAUCACAAGAAAAAGUCAUAGUACAAAAAAUAUAAAAAACAAGAUUAUUUUGGGAAAUUGAUACUAUUACAACAUUAUUCCUGUAACAUUACUGUUAAAUUACUAACUUUAUUAUGAUGAUGUCAUUGAACAUACAGUAUGAUUUUUAUUCUUUUCUUCUUUUUUUGUGCAGAUUUACAAACUUUUUUCUUGGAACUUUUUAUUAUAACCUCAUCGUAAAAAGACCUUUCCAUUUGUGCCUUGUAACAUCGCAACUUCUUUCAACCCCACCCCCCAACCAAAUCGUCAUGGUGGUCCUUUCUUUUGCGUCACUUAAGAUGUUACUCUGAUAACCGCAUGGAAUUUUUUUUCAGCUUUUUUACCGUAAUGCUCGUAACAUGAUGACUCUUUUCAUAUCAUAUUAGGACUCCGUUUUCAUAAACGUUUGUCUUUAUUUCUGGAAACAUUACAGUUUCUUUACCAUUUUUCUUUCUUGUAGCUUUCUCGUAACACACAUCUGAUCAAUGUUGAAAAAUGGUAAGAAUGUACAUUUUGUACUGUUGGAUCAUAAGGAGAUUAAAAAUGCAAAAAGAAGAAAUGGGAGUGAGACAAAAAAGCAUUUUUUUGCAAGGAAGCAUUCAGGUGAAAUAAUCUGUUCAUCAGCUGAUCAAAAUUUUAAGACCAUAGCUCAAAAAAGCCCAAAUUCCCCUAAAGUAGAAAUAAACUGUUGAAAAAAGGAGUCAGUAAUGAGUAGCUGUGCCAUUCCUGAACCGUAAGCAAAGCUCCCAAUUUACCUGUGGAUCUACAUUCCUUUGGGUAGUGACCGAAAGGACAACAUGGCAGGUACCAGCGGCCGAAAUGAGUUUUCUCAUCAUAGGGUGGCUGGGCUCUCCCUUUCAAGAUUCAAGAUUGAAGAGUUUUAUUGUCAUAUGCACAGCGUCUGUGUAGGCUCUCAGUCGUACAGGAGUUGUCCAUCGAGGGAAAGGCUUCUUGAGACGUCAUCUGUACUUCUGUGAAGAAAGUGUCGGACGUUUCGCUCCUCAUCCGAAGAGCCUUUCCCUCGAUGUCAUAUGCACAGUAAAACAGGCAGUUAUACUAAGCAAUGAAAUUCUUAUUCUGUUCAUUCUCCCAAGAAAAGAAAGAAAACACAAGAAAAACAUAAGAAACAUAAAUACCAAUAAAUUAAGCAACAACAGAAGAGACAUUAAUACAGAUAAAUAAUACAAAUAAGUAAAUAGAGUGCUAUGAGUGUGUGCGUGUGUUGCGUGCGGCGUGUGUGAGUGCUUCGUUGAGAAACCUGAUGGCCUGUGGGUAAAAGCUGUUUGCCAGCCUUGUGGUCCUGGACUUCAAACUCCUGUAGCGUCUGCCUGACGGUAGGAGUGUGAAUAAUGAGUGUUGUGGAUGUGUGCUGUCCUUGAUGAGGUUGUGUGUUCUUCGUAGGACUCUAGUUUUAUAAAUGUCUUGCGUGAGGGGAGGGCUGCCCCAACAAUGUUCUGUGAGGUCUUGAUCACCCGCUGGCCCUUACAGAUAAGGUGAGAAGUACUGUUGUCCGGGCGAAGUUCAUAGUAGAGGUGCUGCUCCUAUGCUUUGAGAGGAGCCAGAUGAGUUGGGUCAGGCAUCUGGUCAGGAUGCCUCCCGGACGCCUCCCUGGGGAGGUGUUCAUAGCACGUCCGACCGGUAGGAGGACUCAGGGAAGACCCAGGACACGUUGAAGAGACUAUGUCUUUCAACUGGCCUGGGAACGCCUCGGGGAACGCCUCGGGAUCCGCCGGAAGGAGCUGGAUGAAGUAGCCGCAGAGAGGGAACUCUGGGCUUCCUUGCUUAGGCUGCUGUCCCCGUGGUCCCACCUCUUGCAAGUGGUAGAGGAUGGAUGGAUGGAUGAGUGGACCAUUCCUGUUAAUCAGCUGAAAAAUUUGAACGUGCUUGAUGCCAGUGUUUCCAGGAGGCUACUGGGACUGUUGCUCCAGGUGGUGAAGAUGGCUUCACGGAGGACAUCCACUGUCCUCUUUGUAACUUUGUAAACUUCCCUUGCCAUCCAUCCUCAAAUGUUCUCCAUUGGAUUUAGAAGAGGGGAACACGCGUGAGCUUAUUCCUCCGGAAGAAGUCCUUUUGUGAAGUGCAGCGUUGUCCUGUUGAAGAAGCCAGUCAUCACCACACAGACGAGGGCCUUCAGUCAUGAGGGAUGCCCCCUGCAACAUCUCCACAUAGUCAGCUGACAUUUGACGCCCCUGCACAACCUGAAGCUCCAUUGUUCCAUGAAAGGAUGAUGAUGUUGCCCCACUCUAAUGUGCCGUGUGGAAAACAUCUCAGGUGAGAUAUUCUUGUCAUGCCAGUAACAUUGGAAGCCAUCAGGACCGUCAAGGAAGAAUAAACUUUCUUCCACCUUUCAAUGUCCCAAGUUUGGUGCCUUCCUGCUAAUUCCAAACGGACAAUUUUGUGGCCUUGAAGGAGACGAGGCCUUUGAAGACACUUUUUGUUCUUAAAAGCCUCCUGUCGUUAUCGGACUGCACUCUGCACCGGUAGCAACCUUCAUUUAGGCCGAGGAUGGUCCCGUGUUUUGACAAACAGCCAAUGGGAUCUUCCAGCUCUUUUUUGGGGGGGGUCUACCACUUGACUUUUUUGUUCCAUGAGCCUCAGGGUGUAUUUCAGAAGUUUGGGAUGAGUGUCUUCCUGUGUCCAACCUCAGCAGCAAUGGUGGCUGCCAGAGAGAGGCCUUGCUUAUGCAGCUCAACAAUCCCACCGCCUUCAAAGAGAGAAAGCUGUUUUGCCUUUGCCAUCAAGAGAUCAUGACAGUGGGAAUACCUGACACUAAAUCAUAUUCAACCCACAUGUUUGCCAAGAUUUUGGCUUUUAAAGGCUGUGCUCUUCAACUGUUGAUCAUCUGAUGAACAGCUUCUUUGCAAUAAAUUGCUUACUGAAAAUGUUUUCCGUCUCGCUUCCAUUUUGUCUUUUGAAGCUCUACGUAGAACCUCCUUAAGAUCCAACAGUGCAAAAUGCCGAUUCUUGCCAUUUUUCAACUGGUCUUAACAUUUUGAUCAGGAGUGUAUUACGGCAACGUAAUUUUGCAACAUUACGAUAUAUUUUUUCCUUGCAGCUUUACUGCAAAUAUUCCAACUUCUUUCUUACAUAAAUACUUAAUUUUAUGUUCUUUUAAGUUUACUGCUUUUUUGGUCUGAUUUGUAAUAU